AAAAAGUAUUCGUUGUUCAGUCAAAAUGCCGUCAGACACGGUGUUCCAUCAUCGUUCGAAACUUAAGCAGCAAAACAAGCCUUUCAAGUCUCGACAUGCCACGAAAGGCCAAUUGAAAACAAAGACGAAAGGCAAAGUGGACAAAGUCGCAGCUUCAGUCAAAAAUAAGCACAAGCUAUCCUCUAGUAAAGCAGAUCGACGCAACCAAGCCAAAGUUCUUCAGCAAAAGAAGAGACACGACAUUGUUACAUCGAGUCGACUGUUCUCUGGUGCUCAUGGAUGUCCUAAAAUAGUUGCGGUGGUCCCUCUUUGCCCUGACGUGGAUUCUCAUGCCGUCGUAAAGGACUUGUACGCAAGUGUGGGGCAAGAAUACGUGGCUGAGACGGUCAGCACGCUGUUUGUAGAACGGUUCAAACAGAAAGUACAAUUCGUUGCCACACGCAGGCAUUUGCUGGAUAUCUUGGAUGCCGUAAAGGUUGCGGAUUUUGUAGUGUUCGUCGUCUCAGCUGAAGUGGAGGUUGAUGGGUUUGGAGAGUUAUGUUUGACGACAAUCAAGGCGCAAGGCGUACCCUCCACUUUGAGCGUGGUUCAGCAUCUCGAGAAAAUCGCAUCCAAAAAGCAAGUUGACAUUCGCAAGUCCCUGAUCAGUUAUAUGGAGCAUCACUUUCCCGAAGACGCAAAACUGUUUCACACCGCAGUGGAAGCAGAAGCAUUGAGUGCUUUACGCUUUCUGACCCAACAGCGGCCAAAGCCUAUAGUAUGGAGAGAUAGGCAUGCCUACAUGUUGGGUGAGCGAGUGGAGUUUGAGGCGAACGAGGAGGGGGAGGACAUGGGCACAUUGCAAGUGACGGGAUAUGUACGUGGGAACAACUUAUCCGCAAACCGACUGAUUCACCUUCCGAAUCAUGGCGAUUUUCAAAUUAAAAUGAUUGUAUCGUGCCCGGUGGCAUUCGACACUAAAGACAAUACGAUGGCGACAGAUGCGAGGAUUUUGGAGACUCCGGAGCCUGAGCUUCAGGAAUCUCUGGUGACUGAGAAUGAGCCGGAUCCGAUGGACGGAGAGCAAACGUGGCCCACGGCGGAAGAGUUGCGGGAAGCUGAUGAGCGCAUUGAGGGAAUGGGCGGACCAGCAUCCUCAGACGCCGGAACUGUAACCUCUCGAAAGAAAACCAAAAGAGUCCCAAAAGGUACAUCCUCCUAUCAGGCGGCUUGGAUUGUGGAUGAAGACGACGAUUUGGAGGAUGAAGAGGAGGAAGAGGAAGAUGAGGAUGGUGAUGUGGCAAUGGGGGACGCCGGUGAUAUGAUGGGAGAACCCGUCGAUUGGGCCAGUAUGAAUCUCGGUCAUGGCGCUGGCUCAACUGAGAUUGAGCAUGAAGAUGAUGAGGAAUAUGAAGAUGUGGACGUGGAAGAGCGAGAGAUUGCCUACGAGGAAGAAUUGGAUGAAGAUGAAGAGAACCGGCAGUAUAAAGAAUAUCUGGAUAAGCAAAAGCAAGAACGGGAGGAUCUAGAAUUUCCGGAUGAAGUGGAUACCCCACAAGAAGUCCCUGCCCGGACGCGGUUCCAACGAUAUCGAGGAUUGAAGAGUUUUCGAACAUCCGCUUGGGAUCCGUACGAAAACCUGCCGAUUGACUAUUCCCGCAUUUUUCAGUUUCACAACUUCAAAAGAACAAAGCGACGUGUGUUGGACAGUCUGGAUGAAGCGGGCGUAUCUCCGGGAACUUUUGUUACGGUACAUCUUCAGAACGUGCCCCGAGCAGCAUAUGACGAACACAAUAGCAAAACUACCCGCCCCUUCGUUCUCUUCUCCCUUCUUCCCCAUGAGCAAAAAUACUCUACUCUCAACUUUGUCGUCACACGUAACGCAGAGUACACCGAACCCGUCAAAUCCAAAGACCCUAUGCUUUUGCAUUGCGGAUUCCGCCGUUACGUAGUACAGCCAUUGUACUCGACCAAUACGCGCGGUGGUACGAACAAUGUUCAUAAAUUUGAACGGUUUUUGCAACCGGGUAGAUCGGCCGUGGCUACUGUAUAUGCGCCAAUUCAAUUUGGGCCUGCUCCAGUUCUGAUGUUCAAAUAUGAUGAGAGUGGACUGGCUUGGGAUGAUGUCUCUGCACCACCAUUCAUUGGCCAUGGCUCCAUCAUCGACCUCGACCCAUGCCGCAUCGUUGCUAAGCGGAUCAUCCUCACAGGCCAUCCCUUCAAAGUUCACAAGCGUGGUGCUGUCAUCCGAUACAUGUUCUGGAACCCACAGGAUAUCAAUUAUUUCAAGCCUGUCCAAUUGGUUACAAAGCUGGGGCGGGUGGGACAUAUUCGCGAGUCUCUUGGUACACAUGGGUAUAUGAAGUGUAUAUUUGAUGGGCCACUUAAAGGGCAGGAUACAGUGUGCAUGUAUUUGUAUAAGCGAGUAUUUCCCAAGUGGACGACGAGGUUGUAUGUAGAGGAUGGAGAUGCAAAGGACAGUAUGAAGAUGGAUGAAUAGGCAUAGCACUAGUAUGAUGGUCUGUAGAUUUGUUGCGAUAUAUAUCUAUUAUUUCUUUGUAUUUUUGUAUGACAAUAGGUGAUGUGUGUUGCAGUCAUUGUAAUUCUCAACAUUUCUGACUCGCACAUGUCAAUCAACAAGAAAAACUAUCCAAAGAUCUAAUACAUA